GGAAGAGGAAGAGGAAGAGGAAGAAGGAUAUGAUGACGAAGAGGAUGUCGAUGAUGACGAGGAGAACGGCGUCGACGAACCCAAGAAAUUAGGCAUCGACGUCGAUCUGCCUACCAAUGGCAAGACCCAUGCAGUGAAAGAAGUUGCUGCUAACGGCGACGAAGCCGACGACUGAGUUCCCUCAUACGGUCCUAGCCCAGGUCUGAGACGACAAUUUUGACAUCUACUCGGACGUUAAGCCUAGUGGCUACCACGAGCUGCUAUGGUGUCUUGUCCUCGAUUCUCAAUCAUUUCACCCCGAUCUUCUGCCAACCCAUUCCCAUGAUACAGACGUUGCUUUUCCUAUUUCAUCACUAUUUGUUUCGUCAAUGGCAUAGAAGGAUUCUUGUGUGAAUUCAACAGCACAUUUAAUGGAAAGGGGUCAAGAUUUUUUUGCUCUCGUUUAAUUCUCGAUAAGAAUUUAUUUGGAUGACGUUUAAUUGAGUGACACGUAGUCUCAAUGCCUAUGAUAGGUGGUUCGUCCAGCACUGGUGAUGAUGAUUUCAUAGUCUUAUGCGUAUUCAUAGUACGCUUCGUAACUCUACGCAGAGCAACUUUGACAAUAGGCGUUAUAUCUCAUCGACCCAUGCUAGAUCGACCAUGUAAUGUACAGACAGUUGACACACGUAAGAAGUUCGCGAACGGGGUUGCGAUACUCUUAUAUAUCUCAAUUCCAUGCCUUUUCUCGACCUCGUACCCCACAACCCCACGUUCGGCUUGAACUAAGACCAAGGGGGCGGUUGACAAGUGUCCAUCCACCUCCGGUUGGUCGGAGGCGACCAGUGAAUGCGGCCUGACGAGAAGAAACGAGCUCGAUUGAGCGAGUGCAAGGCUAGAGACCCACUCGUAAUGUUCGUUUUCGAAGAGAUGCUGGCGUAUCACCUACGAGAUUGAAGGAUAUGACGCGCGUGGUGGUCGAUAGAGAUGGGCGAGUAUUGGUGACGGGAUGGUUGGGCUGACAGACAUCGUGGGCUUACAUAUGUCUGUCUACCUUACCUCCGAGGGCCUGUACAUGGUAGUAAAUUAUAGAUCUACAGAGCGAGACUCUAGGACGCAUUUGAUUGAUGGUCUUGGUCGUAUCGCUUAUGCCUACUUGUGCGCAGAAAAUAAUGAUAUAAGCAAUUUCAGAAUCAACUAGAUUAGAUCAUGUUGGCUUUCUGUACGAGCGAUUAUUAGUAUAACUAACCUUUAAUCUUUAAUUCAUCUCUACCUUCGAGAUAACGAAAUUAUAUUUAAAAUAUUCAACGUGACUGGCUUAGAUCAAAUUCAACGUAGACCGACAAUUGAGAACCAUCACAAACCACCACAAACCACCACAAACCAAAUCAUCUAAUAUGAGCCUCGGCCUGUUUCUACCGCGCCGCUCGACUCUU